AACUGUUAAAUUGGUUAAAUGGGAUAAAUAAAAGGUUAAUCGGAGUUAAAUUCUUGCUAUAUAAGCAUAAGCGGCGGGAAUAUGAGGAUGAAGCUAACGGAUACGGGUGGCCUGUUGGAAAAGUUUUACGCAAAAUUUCUUUAUAUUGAAACGGAUUUUUCAAUAUUGAUUAACAAAGAACUACAAUGUCUGAUAUAGCUAUCACGUUAAUCGGAGCAAUAAUUCUACUUGUGAUUUUUGUGUUCUGCAAAAAAGGGUCGAGGACGGAGAACCCAAGUCAGCCAAACGGCUGCCAUGCAAUCUACGUGCGAAUAGAACUCGUUCUAGACGGACAUCCAGAUGACAACGCUGCUGCUCUUCAGCGUGUUGAUAGAAACCGCGAUGAGGGUUCGUCGCAGUUUUGCUCUGGCUGCGGCUGUGUAUUUUGGACAAGGUCUGAAGACCAUCGACCUACCAUUGAAAACCAUCGGUUUCCUAUCCGACUCAGCACCACUGUUGAGCGGAUAGAAGACAAUCAAGAGGACUAGAAAACAUAACCUUAUAACACUGAAUAGACACUACCGUAUAUCUAUGCUUAUUCUGUUUUUCUAUUUAUCAAUCCAUGUUUCGUACUUAAGAUUUUCUAUUUGCUAAAAAUUAUCGAAUAUGCAUAUGAUAUAUUUUAGAACUGCUUUUACAAGUGUAUACUCUAUUUAAGU